AUGAAUGAGAAGGAAAGAAUAGGUGAGGAGAUAAGAAAAUUUUUAUCUUUGCCGGAUAGUACUUACGAACAUGGGACUAAGGAGAUAGAAAAUGGGAAGGAAGCGAGUAAGGAGAUAAUAAGUGAAAAAUACAGGGUAGAUAUAAUAAAUUUGAUAAAGAUGCUAGAAAACCUUGAAAGGAUCUAUGCGAAGAUAAACGAGUCAAUUGAAAACGGGGUAGAGAUAAAAUUAGACAAGAAUGAAAUUAAAAUGAGCAUGGUAUGUGAAUCGCUGGUAAGUGUAUUGAAGAGUGUAUCACAGGAGAGAGAUGAGUUAUGUGAAAGUGAAAGAGUGUUGAACACGAGAAUUGAGGAGUUGGAAAGGGAGAGUGCUGUGAGGGAGAGGGAACUGAACAGAAAGAUGGAAGAGAUAAACAAAGUGUUACAAAGUGGAGAGGAGCUGAAGAGAAUCAUUUCGGAUCAGAGGAGUAGAAUGCAAGGAUAUAAAGAGAAGAGCGAAUAUGAAAGGAGAAAUUCCGAGAAUUUUAAAUCGAUAAAUAAGGAAAUAGAAGCUUUAAGAAAUAAAGCACUGGAGAAGAAUUAUGUCUUAGAGAGAGAGAUUUGUGUGCUAAAGGAUCAAUUCUUAGAGAAAGAAGAAAAGAUUAAGAAAUUGAAAGAAAAUCAAAAGGAUUUGGAGAGCAAACUGAAAAAUGAAAACAUCAAAGUCUUAAAUUUGGAAAGACAAAUAGAGUUACUAGAUGGUAGAAUAAAAGCAAAGGAUACGUCUCUUUCAAUGUGUAACACAGAGUUAGCCAAUUUAAUCUCCAAAGAGAAGAGAAUGUUGAGUGAGAUGGAAGGUCUCAAAGAAAAGGCUUCAUACUAUGAAAGACUCUAUCAGAGUGUUAAUAAACAAAAUGAAUAUUUAAACCAACAAUUAUCGAGGAUCAUUCGAUCUAAGAGUAUUUCAUUGGAGAGAGAUGAAGAUGGAUCAGGCGGAUUUCAGGAUAACUCUCUCUGUGAUAGAGAAGAGAUAGAUAAUACCAGAGAGGUGAUUGAUGGAUCAGAUAUAGAUCUUGGGAGAAUGGAGGAAAAAGAAAAUAUAACACAAAUUACUCCAUCAGAGAGCGAGUUUCCAUCUAAACAGGAGAUACAAAGAAUUAAAAAGGCCAUAAAAGAUGUAAAUUUAUCUUUUAUUGAUAAGGAAGGAGAAGAAGAGAGGGAGAGUAGUGAGGAAAUAGUAAGUGACAAAGAGAGUGAAUCUAAGAGUGAAAUGAAGGAGAUAUCUAAAAAUGGGACAGAAUCUACCAGUACCUCAAUAAGAGAAAUGAUAAGCAAAACCGAGAAAUUAAAGGACAAGUUUAAUGAAUUAGAGGAACAGUUAAAUAAAAUUAAAAAUAGUGACACAUCGGCACCAGAAAAGAUUCACAAUCAAAUACAGGCUUAUUCUAACUACUAUCACACAGACUUUUUAGGUGAAGAGAAUGACUCAGAUUUUAUUUAG